AUGGAGGAGAACGCCGUUGCAGUUUUCGCUCCAUACACACCAUUGAUUGCAAAGGCAGAGCUUGGAAUAAAGAUGCCAACAUACUUCAUCAGCGGAGCCAACCGUGGCAUUGGCCUCGAAUUCGUGCGCCAGCUCGCCUCCAAGAGCUCGAACAACAUCAUCGCCGGCGUGCGCUCCAAAUCCAAUGACAUUUCUGAGCUCGAGGCCCUCAACACCAGCAAGAACGUCCACAUCAUUGAAUGCAACGUCUCUUCGCCCGAUUCCCUGUCCAGUCUAGAGUUCCGUGUCGCGGAAAUCUUGUCCCGCACUGGCUCAAACCUCGAUUUCGUCUUCAACGUCGCAGGCAUAAAUGCCACAUCUACAGACACCUCCCUGACCCUCACGCCAGAGAGCCUACAGAACCACAUGCAAACCAACGUUUUUGGACCCGCCAGCGUCGUGCAGUCACUCAAGCAGUACCUUAGGCGCGGCGCUACGAUUCUCAACAUGACCUCUGGCCUGGGCAGUUUGACGGUUGCGACUGAUGUAACGAAGUGCUGCACAUACAGCAUGAGCAAAGCGGCACUGAACAUGCUGACGCUGCAUCAGAGCAAAGACCUCAAGAGUCAGGGAGUGAAGGUCAUCUGCAUGGAUCCUGGCUGGGUGAAGACGAGGAUGGGAGGCAAAGGGGCGAUGAUUGAGGCGCAGGUUAGUGUAAGCAGCAUGCUGGACGUUGUCAAGAGGUUGAAGGACGGCGAUAGUGGGAAGUUUUACAGGUAUGAUGGAAGUAUUGUACCUUGGUGA